AAAAAAAGGUAAUGAAUCCAAAGUUCUUAAAGGUUAAAGUACUAAAACUUCGAUUUAGUAUAAAAGUACAACAUAAUAUUUAAAAAAAGUCUAACUGCAAAAUCAUGUGUGCGUGUUUGAGCUCAAACCCUCAUUUUCGUGGCUGUAAAUGAAUAAUGAGAACCACAUGAACCCCCUUCUCCCCUCUGCACACCUGUACACGGGGGGGCUCGUGGGGUCGGCUGCCACGUGCCUCGCUUCGCACACUCAGCUGUGGCAGAGGUCUGAGCGGCGCGCGCGCGCCCCUGCUCAGCUCUCGUCCUGCACGCGGGCUGCACGUGUGUCAGAGUUGCCCGGACCGGCUGAAGGUGGAGGACGCGGACACGGACGCUACGGUGGCGCUUUCUCCGUCCAGAACUCUUCUUCACGAAGCUCCCUUUUCUGCCACCAGGCCCCCCUGCUGUUGAGGUUGUGGUAUGAGCCUUUGUGGCAGGAAGGCGCUGACGUUGCUGAGCAGCGUGUUUGCUGUUUGCGGUCUCGGCUUGCUGGGGAUAGCCGUGAGCACCGACUACUGGCUCUACCUGGAGGAGGGCGUCAUCCUCCCCCUGAACCAGAGCACGGAGAUGCGCAUGUCCCUCCAUUCUGGCCUGUGGAGGGUUUGCUUCCUGGCUGGAGAAGAGAAAGGAAGAUGCUUCACCAUUGAGUAUGUGUUGCCAACCACUGUGCAGAUGACCUCUGACUCCACUGUCAGCGUGCUGAAGAUGAUCCGUUCGGCUACCCCCUUCCCUCUGGUCAGCCUCUUCUUCAUGUUCAUCGGUUUUGUGCUCAGUAACAUCGGCCACAUUCGACCGCAUCACACCAUCCUGGCCUUUGUUUCGGGAAUCUUCUUCAUCCUGUCAGGUCUGUCUCUGGUCGUCGGGCUGGUUUUGUACAUCUCUAACAUUAACGAUGAAAUGCUGAACAGAACCAAAUCUAAUGAAGCUUACUUCAGCUACAAGUACGGCUGGUCUUUCGCCUUUGCUGCCAUCUCCUUCCUGCUCACUGAGACAGCAGGCGUCAUGUCUGUGUACCUGUUCAUGAAGCGCUACACAGCGGAGGAAAUGUACAGGCCUCAUCAGGGCUUCUACCGACCUCGCCUGAGCAACUGCUCAGAUUACUCCGGUCAGUUCCUGCACCCGGACGCCUGGGCCGGCCGUGGCCGCAGUCCGUCCUCCAUCUCCUCCGAGGCCUCCCUCCAGAUGAACUCCUCCAACUAUCCCGCCCUCCUCAAGUGUCCAGAGUACGAACACAUGUCCUCGUCACCCUGCUGAGGCAUUGCUGGGGUCGUGUUGAUCUGCCCGGGUUUUGGCCGUUAAGUAAAUAUCACUAAGCUUGAAGUUUUCGCUUCAAGUGCUCUGAAAAUGACCCGAGUUGCUUUUCCUUCACAGCUGCCAGUUUCGAUUGCAGCUUUAGGUUGUAUGGGGAGGGAAAGAAAACAUGCUCAAGAUUAGUUUCUUGUUUUUUCCACCCGUCUUGUUUCAGGUGGAGCUGUUCCUGGAUGAGAGAGGAGUUUCAUUUGCUUUCACUGAGUAGUUACCCGUAGAUAUCAGAACAAGAGACCGCAGAGGCUAUCUGAAGAAUACACUUUGAAGCAGAUUUUAGUUUUAGCUCAAGAAUACACAUUAUUCUGUAUCUGUGGGUCUUUGGAAACAUUCUCACAAUUACUUAUUCAGGAGGAUUGCGCUGUAGUUGGGGAGAAAAAAAAAUCAAAGUAGGAUUUAUUGUGAGAGCAGCAGUUUGUGCUGCAGGUGUUCCCAUGUGCUAUUUUUUAUGUUCUGGUAAACAAGUAUAAAAACAACUAAUUUUCACAGCAUUCAGAAGACAACUGAAAGAGAACUUUAUACACAAAUCUACUGACCAGAGUCAGGAGGAUUUUUACACUUUCUGAUUCGAACUUGAUCUUUUUAUCUUCAAUUAGAUAAAGGAAUAUUAACAUUAUUCAUCGUUCUCUUUUGUUUAAGUUUUGUUCAUUUCUAAAUCCCCACAGUUUGGUUUUUAACAACAUGACAAAGAUUCACGGGCAAAACAAGACAUCUUCCCUCCAGUGGAUAAGGAGCAAACAAUGUUUUAUAGUCAACAGGUGCAUUCAUGCAGCAUAUGCAAAGACAGAUUUUUUCCUUGUUUGCCAGUUACAGUAAAGAGAGUUGAAGGGGCGCAGAGGAGGUUUUGGCGCUCGUGUUUAAUGUGGAAUGUGGAUGAGUCAGUGGGUAAUUUCACGUGGAGCCUUUUUGAAUGUAAGAUAAGCUGACAGAAACGCUGCUUAACGAGAUUUUUCUGCUUAAAAAAACCUCUGCCACAAAGAAUUGCAGUACUAACCCAAACUAAAGAUACAUAUUUUUCUAUUUUCUUCCUUCGUCUUGAUGCUUAAGCAAAUGUAGGAGUGUCACAAUCAAAUGUAUCUAUGACAUUCCAGAGAAGACGUCGCUCCAAACCGCAGUUAUUCACAUUUCAUGCUUUUAGCCUGUGAAAACAUAUUACCUAUGUAUAUGUGCAAUGUUCUUUAUAGUAGGCUGAUAUUUUCAUAAGAUAAUAUUAUUUCUUUGUAAUGUUGCAUGCUGUUAGCUCCACAUGAUCCCACCGAGCACAAGAUGUCUAUUAUAUAACUAAUGCACAAUCUAUUGUAGAUGUCCAUUUCACAUUUCAGACAACUCUCUUUUUUUGCUCUAUUUUGCUACAAACACACUGGGAAUGUGUGAGGCGUUCAAGAAACAGGCAUUUUUGAACUCGCAACUACCACAUGGUGUUCACACAGGACUGUCGUUACCUGAUUCUAGUGUAUCUGCUUACAGUUGGAGGAGGCUUGGUGUGAAACGUCGAAGUUGUGCAAAUCUUGUUUUCUUUCACAGUUCUAUUCUGAUAGAUGAUACAUUUGGUGUCAUAGAAACAACAAUUAUUAAUUGUUAAUUUCUCCUUUAUGACCCUUUUUCAACCAGUUGGCACUGCUGUGCUCUGGUUUUUUUUGCCAUUGCCGUGUGUUUUGUACAUACGAAAAACUGACCUUUUGACAAUUUUUUAAAGGGGUCAUACUAUGAAAAAUCAAACUUUUGAGCUUUCAAGUGUAUUACACUGUUUCUAUAAAGAACCCCAAAGAAGUAUUUUAAUCCGUUCAUGCAUUUAAGAGUAAUCCUCUAAAACCUGCACUCUGAGCAGCAGCCCCUCCCAUAACCAUGAAAACGAGUGGUUGGAAACGUGCAGAUGUCACAAUGUAAGAAACCUCUCUUCCGGAAGAGUCUGCUCCGCCCCCAGGCUAACACAAACGCUUUCUCUGCAUAGCUAGUAGCUCGAACUAGCAGUGAUCAACGAGAUAUUUCACUAGAGAUGGCAUGCUAGCUUGUUGCCUACGCAAAGUUGGACGCCAUAUUGGAAUGGUAAAGAUGCCUGUUUACUACUGUGCUACAAUUGUACUAAAAAAGAUUGAAAAACAAGAAUGUGACUUUUCAUUUUAUGGUCAUUUUACUGUUCAUGCUAAGAAAUGUUUCAUUGUUUUGAUACCAUUCCAAUAUGGUGUCGCUCUUUACAUAUCUUGGACAAUAGUAAAAAGCCUGUCUGUCAUCUUUAGUGAUAUAUCUCGUUGGUGGUGAUCAGCUGGCUAAAGUGGGUCUCAAUUGGGUUUGUCCACAGUUUCUGUGGUGACCCCACCUGUGUUUGCCCACACUGGUUUAAGUGGGAACUCAGUGGGUUAGCUCGCUAGAGGAGCUCGCUAGCAUGCUACAGUGGAACUCGCAAGCUCACUACUGAGAAGCCUGCUAGAAUGCUACAGUGGAGCUCACUAGCUAACUGUAGAGGAGCUCUCUAGCACGCUACAGUGGAGGUAGUUAUCUCACUACUGAGGAGCUCACUAGAAUGCUACUGCAGAGCUCGCUAGUAUGCUACAGUGGAGCUUACUAUCUCGCUACAGUGGAGCUCGCUAGCAUGCUACAGUGGAGCUUACUAUCUCGCUACAGUGGAGCUCGCUAGCAUGCUACAGUGGAGCUUACCAGCUCACUACAGCAGCGCUCGCUAGAAUGCUACAGAGGAGCUUGCUAGCUCAGUACAGAGGAGCUCGCUAGUAUACUACAACAGCAGUCGCUAGCUCACUGUAAAGGAGCUCACUAGCAUGCCACAGUGGAGCUCGCUAGCAUGUUACAGUGGAGCUCGCUAGCUCAAUACAGAGGAGCUCACUAGCUCGCUACAGAAGAGAACGCUAUCAUGCUACAGCAGAGCUUGAUAGCUUGGUAGAGAGGAACUAGCUGGCAUGCUACAGUGAAGCUCCCUAGUACACCACGCUGUCCACUGGGCAGCUGGCUAGCAUAGCGAGCUAACCCACUGAGUCUCCCCUUAAGUCAAUGAAGGCAAACACACGUGCGGCCACCACAGAAACUGCAGACAAACCCAUUCGGGGCCCACAUUUUCUCCCCACUUUUAAACCAUAUGGGGCCCACUUGACCUUGCUGGCUGGGUAUCUGUGAAAUACCUGCAUUCUUGAACAAGUAUACAGUCACUUUCAACAGAUUGUCCUGUAGCACUGUGGAUCUUGGUUGUAUAGGUCUUUACGAUUGCUGUCCACUGUUCCAUCAUCAAACAUUUCAAAGAUGGCCUCUAAAGUACAAUAAAUGACCAUUAAUAUUAAUGCACCUUCUAAAUGAUUAUUUGUGUUAUUUAUUUACCCUAUUUAACUAACCCUAACCCUUCUUGAGGAAAGUGGUAAUUAUUCUAGCCCGUGGAUGAUGAGAUUAGCUUUGGGAAUGUUGUCUGUUUAGAGAUCUAAAUGGCAAUGUGCAAUAGACCUCUAGGAAUCAAUGUCUGUCAGAUGCAUAUCUGUAGCUGUAAGCAUUAAAAUAGCCAUGACUUAGAGAUUUAAUAGACGUAUGCCCACUGAGAUAAUGCUGGCAUUAAACUUGGCAUAAGCGGGAGAACCUGCUCAGCAAAGCAAAGGAGAUUCUGUACAGACCGAGUUAGACGGGUAACUUUCUCUCAGUCACAGUUUGAACCUGUUGAUGAUGCUUUAAGUUGAUAUUUAACCUGAAUACGUGUAAAUAUAACAUCUGUGAUGCAGAGGAAACACUUCCACUGAAAGCUAGACUUGUUUUGUUGUGUUGAUUCUUCAGCAGUUUGUCUGCUUCACAUCCAGCUUUGGGAUCAUCUCAUGUUUAUAUAAAUAUGUGUGUAAAGUACAUGGUGUCUUGGUCAGACAUGAGGCAUCAAUAAUCUGUAUGUAUACUUUUACUAUCAGUCCUAUUUAUUAUGUUAGUGUCUGCAGCAUUUAAUCUAUACUCAAACAAAUACAUAGGAUUUAUAACCUGUUGUAAAUUGUUUGUUCUUUAUCUAAUUGUGUCUUUAAAAGUCUGUUGACUUGUUAUAUUGAACAUGGAUCAGAGAAAUGGAUGAAUAAAGAUUAUUCUAAAGAUUCUCAUAAA